AGUUGCACGUAUGAGAUUGCUGUCACAGUGAAGCAAAAAGAAAGGCUUGUUCCUUCCUGUGUGUGGGCUGAGAAAACCCUCAGCUAUCUUGGUCAAACAGGUCAAAGGCUGUUUUUUUCACUCUGCUUAUGUAUGACGAAUGCUACAGCUGCAUGAAAUAGCACAUUUGAAGUCAAAAACCAAGAGAUUAUAAGUAAACUUCAAAAGAGGAGUUUAUGAUGAUGCUUAAUAGCUCCAUAACCCAACAGAACCAUUCGUCCAACGACACACCGCUGGACUCCUCAGAGAAGCUCCACGCUGUUCUGAUAGUCCUGUACAUCAUCAGCCUGGCUGGUGGCACCCUCGGGGUCAUCAUGAUGUCCCGACAGUUGUUUCAAAGGAGAUCACAAUCUGUGAUGACCCUUAUGAUCAUCAGCCUCCUGGUGCUGCACACCUUCCUGCUCCUCAGCAUCCCUUUCCGCCUCAGCUAUUACGUCCUGGGGGAGUGGAAAUUUGAUACGUUUGCAUGCCGGCUCGCGAGCGCCAUCAUCUACCUGCACAUGUAUGCCACCUUCGCCUUUUACGUGGCCAUCAUCGUCACCCGCCUCCUCCGCCUGGAGUUUCGGAAGUGCUACACUACAGCCUGGGUGGGGGCUGCCUGGCUGGUGGGAGCGCUGGUGAUCGCUCCUGUUCUUCUCUCAUACUAUGGCACCUCGAAGCCGUACAAGCCAUCCGAAUGCUUCCAGUUCCACAGGGAGUUACUAGAGGCUCGCAUGGUGAUGGCAAACUACUGCCUGAUUGGGAUUUUGGUGGCAGUGUGUGUUGUGCUCACUGUAAUCCAGCUGACCGUGAUCUAUAGAGUAGCUGUGAAGUACUGGCCUGACAUUAACUCUCAUGUGGAAUUCAGGGCUCAGGCGAAGAGUUUCUUCUUCAUCUUGGUAACAUUAGUCUGCUUUAUGCCUCAUCAUAUAUUCAGAGUAUAUUAUAUCCAAAACUACAACCUUGAUAAAGACCAUAAACUACUCCUAUACAAUGAGGCUUUUUUAGCUUUAACAACAAUGUGCUGCUUGGAUAUGUUGUGCUUCAUAGCAGGAAUAGCCCACUGAACUGCGAACUACCAGGAAGUCCAGCUGCAGUGUGUCAAUACUGGAUUUUGAAAGAAAUAAAACUGUGUUGGGAUUUUCCUGAGCUAGGAGGACUAGUGAGUUUAUGGCAUGUCUCUACAGGUCUACAACUUUGUUUGGUUUUUACAGACCAGUAAGAUUCUUCUUUCACAAUCUACUCUUUUUUAUCUUCUCUCUAAAAGGCAGACACACACAUGUGUCUUACUCUAGUCUUGACCCAAGUGUCAUGCCCUGAAGCUUCAUUAAGAUUUUCCUCAACUGUCCUUCUCUAGCAAUUGCAGCACAAGUAUCCAUUCCUUUAUAUUUUUUUCCUAGAAGUGUCUCAAAAUAAACACAACCCACUGCGGCCAAUAAGUUGUCUUUUCUGAAGAUCUAACAACUUCUUCUGGCUAUUGUGAUACUGAAGGGAAGAGAUGGAAGAAGGAAAUUCCUUUACAGGAUAUUUGUACUAGAGAUUUUAGGUAGCAAGGACAUAAACUCUAUUCAAAUGACAAGUAGUCACAGAAUCAGAGAAUGGGUCAGGUUGGAAAGGACCACAGUGGGUCAUCUGGUCCAACCUCCCUUUGUAUAAUUUAUGCAAAGCAUAUAUUAAAUUCAAUUAUAUGAAAACUAAUCAUUAUCACAACUUCACCUUUACUUGUGUCAUUCCAAAUCCACAAGCAGCUCACUGAAUUGUGAUAAUUAUAUAUUUAGAGUUAAUGAAAGCAGAACAGGAUUCAAAACUUCUGCCUUAUAUCACUCUCUUAUAUCUCUCAGGACUAGAUCUGCUUGUUAUUUCUUAGGUCCAUUGCAGCCAAAAAAGCUGCUGUGGUUCCAUAACUGGAUCUGGAAUUCAAUUGAGGGGAAGGAUCAGACACUCUCUAGGACAGGGAAAUAUUUUAUCAGCCUUCAAAAACCUUUGAUGUCUCGUCACUUUCAGUUGUCUGGCUAUUUAUUAUCAGAUGCCAUAUUUUUUCCAUUUACACAUGUAACAGAACUAGAAUAAACUUACUGAACAGUGCUUAAUCAGUUCAGCAUAUUCUUGUGCAUGUAUAUACAAAUUUGUUCCGAAGUAUAUCUUUUCUCCAUUAGAGAGAUUAUACUCUUUGGGAAUCACAACCGUUCUGGAAAUAUCUGUUUUAUCUUCAUGAUUUAAAAGUUCUUUUUAAUGAUUCAUUCUUCCUGCUCUGCUCAGUGCAGACAGUCUCUAACCCUUCUGCUGAAGACCCCACUGUUGUUUGCUGCAUCCCAGCAGCUUGAGGCCAGAUUUCUCCCACCCCAGACUUCUAGGAGUUACACAAGGCUACACUUCCUCCUUCACAGCCCUGUAAGUUCCCAUAAUUUUUUGUCUGGCAAUCUCUGCUGCAGAAAGUGCUAUGAUCCCUGGGUUCAAAUGGAUUAAAGCUUGAUUUGGGAGGAUUAUAAAGUACACUUAAAAAGUAAUGCUACUAAUACUUCAGAUUGAUGACAUUUCUUUGAAUGAAAGAACGUACACCUACUCUGUCAAUCCUGAAUAAAUGUUUUUGCCUUGACAUUUCCAUAAAAAAACUUUGUUGAAAACUCCUGAUCAUUUCAGGAUCCUUUCUGCCUCUUUUAAAAAGUGUGAGGUGUCCAUGGUCCAGCAGCAAGUCCCGAAAUCUGAAUCCUGGUCUUAUGGCUUCCUCUAGGGUUACCAGGUCCACUCCUGCUCAAACAAUAGAUUGAUCAGCUCAUGAUUUUCAAAGACAGCAGGUAGACCUAGAGUUCAGUAUCAGAGAGAUGAAGUGCGAAGGGACAGAUUUUAAAGCUGGAUCUACCAAAGCCUUUAGAAAAACUGG